UGUUACAAUGGAUGAAGGAAAUACCGCAAAGRUCGAGGCAAUUGCAAUCAAGYAUGGACGURUACUGGCAAUAGGRAUCAAGGAGCAAGUGUUCGACCAUGCGAACGAAKACACUGAAUAUGUUCAGCUAAAUGGAAACCAAACGCUCCUUCCCGGAUUUAUUGAACCUCACCAACAUGCCAUYCAACAAAUGUUGAUAAAAUGCUUAUAUACAACAUGCAGYGCGUACUAUUAUCACUCGUAUAGCGAGAUUAGMGCACUGUUUGAGUCAACGAUAGCUGCAGUGGACCAUAGCAGUCAACAAUGGUGUAUAUUUUUUGGAUGGGACCCUGAAAUACUGACCGAUCUACCAAGGCUAAGCAUGGAUAUCCUGGAUAACUAYUCAAAAGUUAYUCCGAUCGUWGUCAUAGGCCAGAAUGGCCACGUCGGCUGGGCAAAUAGCAAAGCCUUCGAGCUUGCCGGUGUCACRRAAGAUGUUGUAGACCCUGCGGGUGGUAKCUUCGUGCGAGACCCUGMAACGGGGAAGCUGACUGGUAAAAUGCUUGARGUGCCACCUCUCCGCAUGGUCCUCCCRUCACAACCUCCAGGRUUAAGCGUKGAAAACAUAACCUUAGCUUUCAAUCAGCAGUGGAAUGAGUAUGCUAGUGCUGGUUUCACAACUGUUACCGACCUGCUCUACAUGCCCAACAAGCUAUUAGAUCCAUUGCUAAUAAAAAAGUGCCACAGCUCUGAYUGUCCCAUCCGCUURGCACUUUAUCAAAGAGACGUUCCAAACAUUGAUGAAAAGUGUGAUUCACUCCAAGAGAAUGACAAGCUCUGGAUAGCAGGUGUGAAGCUCAUGGCAGACGGUUCUCCGCACUGUGGAACAGCAGCGGUAAAAGAGGAAUAUCGAUGCAGUGAAUUAACUGAUCUUCUCUCCUUCCCUGCCGCACCGAAUUAUGGUAAAUUAAACUAUAGCAGGAAAGAUCUCCUCGAGAGGGUUCGCUUCUGGCACAGCAARGGAGAACAGAUYGCUAUACAUGCMCAUGGCGAAGCUGCCAUUGAACAAGCCCUGGAUGUCUUGGAGGAGGUCCAGUUCAACSAACUCAACAAAGGUCUUUGCCAUCGUCUUGAACAUCUUGGUCUGUGCGAAGAAAAACACAUCGMAAAAGCUKCCAAGYUGGGUAUCUCUUUAUCAUUCUUUGUACAGCAUCUAUACUUCUACGCUACUUCGUUUAAAAACAUUCUUGGACUAGAACGAACCAAUCGCUGGGCGCCUUUAAGCUUGGCCGUUAAACAUAAUGCACUGUGGACAUUGCACCAGGACCACCCUACCUUUCCAGGUCCUCCCGAGCCAUUUGCCAACUUAAUGACUGCAAUCACACGCACAGAAAGAUACAAACCAGAGACGGUAUAUGGACCUCARUACUGCAUUUCCAUUGAAGAUGCUUUGAAGGGCUAUACCAUCAACGCAGCCAAGCAGAUUSAMAUGGACAAAGAACUUGGUAGUCUGACUGUUGGUAAACGAGCUGAUCUGGUCGUUCUYAGUGAUAACCCAUURAAAGUAGAUCCAUUUAAGCUUGUAGAUAUUAAAGUCUUGGAUACGUACUUGGAUGGACGUAGYAACGGACUGACUGCAAGRAAGGAAUCAAGAAAGAACGGGAAAUUAGUUUAUACAUACAAUUAAAGACGUUUUUUGGAAUUAUAUUACGUGUAGAGUGACGAAAUGAAUAAACAUAUCAUUUUUGAA